AUGGUACAUAUGACACAGAACGAGUUACGAUCCAAGCCGUGGUCCGAGCUCCAGGGGCUGGCGAAGCUAAACGGGUUGAAGGCGAACCAGAAGAAAGACGUGCUCAUUGAGGAAUUGGCAGCGAUGCCCAACCUGAAGACGAGCUCAACAUCGACCUCGUCGAAAGUCAGGUCUGGGGCGACCAACCCAGUCAUCGGCCAGAAGGUCGGUCCCAAGGCGAAAGCAUUGGUCGUGCCAGCCAGGUUCGAGGGAGAGGAGGAUGUGUCGAUCAGCUUCUCCACGUUGAAGAGACUCGGGGUAUAUCGAUCCCCAGAGCGCGUUACGGUGCGCAAGCCUAGAGCGCCCAGGAAGAAGCGCGAGACCACCAAGAAGCUCAACGUCGACGCCUUCGGCCCAAGCUUGAGCGGCCCAGUGGCGAGCGGAUCGGGGUCCCUUGCACCUUCGGCCACUGCUUCGGCGUCGGUGCCCGGACCAGAGGUUGAAGAGUCUCGCGUCCGGAGCGAGGACGCAGCCAAGGUGGACCUCGUGCAGGGCACGUCCGCAACCCCAACGGUAGUUUGUGUCGAUGCCCCCGCGAGUCUUGACAGAAGAGCACGCGUCUUCUCCCCCGUCAAGAAAGCCGAUGCGCUGAUGACGUUGAACGAGGAAAUGUCGCCGCUGAAGGAGCCGGUGAAGGGCAGGUCGCCCAAGCGCCGUUGCUUUGAGGAGUUGACAGAUAUCGACGAUGAGGAUGAAAUCGAGGUAGAAAUGUCUUUUGGGGUGUUCUCUGACGAAACCAAUGCAUGGCCUCUCGAACAGCCUGAGGUACCCUCUAGUCCGAAGAAGACGCCAAGAAAUGGCCCGCGUAUCUUCCCUGUUUCUGGGGUGAAGCGUCGUCGGACUGAGGAGUGA